AUGUCUUCUCGUCAACCCAACAUGGCCAAUAUGGCACAGGGCAAUGCCCAGCAAGGAGCUGCUCGCCAGCAGAACCAGCCUUUCAUGGAACAGAACGGAAAUGCAUUCCAGUUCAACAACCUUCAGCAGCAGCAGCAGUUCACUCAGUUCAUGCAGAGUCAGAAUGGCCUCGGCCAGAUGAUGGACGGUUUCACUUCUCCUUCUGAUGAUACCAACAACAACGCCAACUCUGGCAGUCCCAUGGUGGUUGGACCUCAUCACUUUAACCCUUACUGGGCCCAGAACUCCUCUGCUACUCCCAACAUGGCCUCGGGCAACCCCAACUCUGAGAGCUUCACUCAGUCUCAGACACCCUUCUUGUCAGGCAGCCAGAACCAGUUCUUGGGCGACAUGCAGAACCCAUUCCCCAUGGGCAAUUCUCAGAUGCCUUUCAUGAGCGACCUCAACAUGCAGCCUGCUUUCUUUCCUACUCCUCCCAUGGGAAAUGCUCAGACUCCCUUCAUGAGUAACACCCAAGCUUCUGCCAUGAGCGAUUCUCCGGUCCAGGGUUUCGUUCAGAGCAUGUCUGGUCUUCGGGCUACAGCGCCCUCCUUCACUCCCGCUCAGACCAACCCUGUGCCUCAGCAGAGAGCCGUCUCUGUAGCCAACGCGCAAUCCAACAUGACUCUUCAGAUGCAUGCGCACAUGCAGCAGAUGGAGAUGCGCAUCAAUGAGCAACAAGCCAUCAUCAACCGCAUGAUGAUGCGACAGUCUGGGCCCUCUGCCCAGUCCAACUCCCAACACGGACCAGCUCUUCAGAUGCAGCAACCCCCAACCACUCAGGUUCCUAGCCCUCGUGCUUCUACUCUUGGAACACCUGCCGCCCAAAAUCCUACUGCACAGUUCCUCGCUGUCCAGUCUCCUAUUGCACAGACCUCUACAAAUGAGCCUGUUGCGGUCCAGUCUUCUACCGCUGCCCCUACAAUUACCGAGUCCUCUGGCUCUCAGGGUGGCAACCCCAUGCAGACUAUUCCGGUCCUGAGUGCCAACCCAGACUCCAUGACUAUGCAAGGUUCUCGUGUGAACCAGAGGGACAGCUCAUUGACUCAAAUCUCAAGUGUGAUGAACACUGGCCCUGCAACAAACCCUCGUACACAUCUUCUACUCCAGGAUGCCAGAUCUCAUGUCCCCCCCUAUCCUCAACAAAAACUCCAAGACUUCCUUGGUGAUGAUACUUCCGAGGUCGUCAUCCCAGAACUGGUCUGUGAUCAGCCAUCAACUUCUCAAACUUCUCCUACCCAGGACUCUUCAGCAGAGGAGCCGUCUACCCCGGCGUCUUCAAAUGGCUUUUCAUCUUUCGAGGAUUGGUCCAAGGAACGUGUCUAUGCUCCGGGUAUCUUUGCUCCUCGGCGCUCUGAUGGACCCGAGAAGAUAAAUCAAAAGGAAAAGAAGCUUCGCGAGGCCGAGGACAAGGGCCAGCAAGUCUUUCCCAGCAAACGCCGCGUCGUCCGCAUCGACCCUGAAGACCCCCGACUGGUUCGCGAUAAAGACGGCUUGCUUAUCACACCCCAAGGUGAUAGCUACAACAUCUACUACCUCCCCGGACCCAAGGACAUAAACGUUGCAGAGAUCAAUAGAAUGCUCGCAGAGAUUCGGGCGGAAAAAAAGACUGCCAUGGAUGAAGCUGCCAGGACUGGUGAGCCGAUCCAAAAGUCAAAGUCUGCAAAGAGGAACAGGAAAUCCAAGACUAAGGUUCUCAAAACUCCAUCCGAGAACAUUGUCAACAAGAAGCGACGCAAGACUACUACUACUGCUGGUGCUGCUGCUGCAACAACUUCUACUCCCAAAGUCGCUGGCAAUGCUCAACUUACCACUACUCUCGGCGUCCAGCCCUCUCUCAACAACGGUCCUAUCCCUCAAGCUUCCAGCGACCCCUCAAUUAUCCAGAGUAGUAACACUGCCCUACCUACACAAUUUGCUGGCGGCGAUGUCUCCAAUCAGCAAGCUUUGAUGACCCUAUUCCUUCCCCAAGGUAUCCUUGACAGUGACUUCGCCCAGUCAUUCACUACAGACAACACUCAACCACCUACCACCGGCGGCGACUUGACACUUCAGUUACUUCAAGGAAACAGCUUCACUUCUCAAAAUGCCUACGAACAACUCACGGCCAACCUCCCUGGCAACGACUACACUUCCCAACCUUUCAACCCAUCGGAGGAUAGCGCCCUCCAGCCUGCUGAGAGCUUUACCAACACCAACACCAACGAUCACAGCUUUGAGAUUCCUGCUGACCUCAAUCCCAUGUUUGUUGACAACAGAAAUACCCUCGACGAGGACUUGACUCGCGGUACUGAGCCGUUUGCUCAAUUCUCUCCCACGCCAUCUGGCUCUCCCCACCCUCAAUCGACUCUAGUCUCUGAUCCUGGCGCUGUUAUGACCCUUGAUCACUGUCUUUCUCCUCUUUCCACAUUUCUCGCUACUUAUUCUGGGGAUGAUUCUACGCUCCAUACUGUCGGCCCUCCUACGUCUGUUCUCCAUCCGGACAUUUACAAGACUUGUCAACCUGAUGUGUCCCUCGGACACAAGGACACUUUGUCAGAGCCAUUUGACGAGAUCUCCGUGUUUCCCCAAGACGAUGAACAAGGAACCCAGCUGCGCAAAGUAUCCAACGAGCUUGACCGACCUCCUCCCGAACAGGCUGAUAUUACAGUCCAUGUUGCUGAGAUCUCCAGCCCAUAUAACCGAGAUUUGAACGCUGGGCGCGCUACCGUCAUUGAGCGGCUCCAGACUGGUGGUGAGUUGAACUACUCUGAUCGUACUAGUCUUCUGCUGAUUGCCGGAAUAGACUCUUCUAUCGACGUCGAUGCCGUGAACAGGCAGACUGCUGGAGUGAGCGAAGACAUGUCCCCAGCUGUAAUUCCGGCCGGUGGGGAUGAUAACCCUCCGGAUAUCUUCGCCGGUCUUGUAAACAUACCUGAACACAAUCUUCAGGACCCCAGCGCUACUACUUUCAACGACAACACCAUGUUACCUGUUACUGGCUGUUCAGACUUCAACCACUCUAACGAUACUGGGCCUCCCUCAGACUGGCCUGAUGCCGCACCCGAUAUGAGACUUGCAGACAUGCCGUCCUCUCCCGUUGUGGAAUCUCAAGAGGCUCAAGAUGCCCCUUUCCAGCUUCCCCAGGGCCCUGAAUUUCUCCCCCAAGACCCUUACAACACCCUGUUUGCUUCCGAGGGAGUAUUCCUGAACCCUGCUGUUUUGAACCAGACAACAACCAAUACUCUACCUACUUCCAAAGUCACAGCCACAGCUGCAACUAAUACCACCAAGACCGGUAAUAACAAGCGCAAGGCGAGUGAGGAUGCCAGUGCGGCGCCCAGGAAGAAGGCUCGCACCAAGAAGGCCCCUGUCCCGCAACUCGCGUUGCCCCAGUGCGAGGUUCGCUUUGGUCCUGGCGCGCAGCAGUAA